AUUACUUCCAAAUACUCCAAAAUGCCUAAAGCUAAGAAGAAGUUCAUCGAUCGCAAAAAGGCUGUAACUUUCAAUUUAGUGCAUCGUUCACAACGUGAUCCCCUCGCCGCGGAUGAAUCAGCACCACAGAGGGUUCUGGUGCCAGUAAAUGCUGCAGUACCUCCGAGAAAAGAGAAAGAUCCAGAUUUGACCCCAGAACAGCGGAAGGAAGAGCAGCAAAAAUAUGGCAUCUUCUUUGAUGAUGACUACAACUACUUGCAGCAUCUCAAAGACACCAGAGAAGUCACCAUGGUCAUGCAGCCUAAAACAGUACACAAAAGGAGACCAAAAGCAGUCACAAGUGAGAACCCAGAGGACUUUGAUGUUGAUGAUGAGGAUGAUGAAGAGAAACCAGCCAAGGCUGUAGCAGGAACACUUCAACUGCCCAGCUCGGUGUUUGCUUCGGAAGUCGAGGAGGAUGUGGGAUUGCUGAACAAGGCUGCUACACAAGGUCUCUGCCUGGAGUUGGAUCCCGAGGUGGUGGCAGCCCUGGAUGAAGACUUUGACUUUGAGGACCCCGACAAUCAGUUGGAAGACAACUUCAUUGAACUGGCUAUGGGUGAAGGAGGAGAUGAUGACUUUGACGGUGAAGAUGAAGAUGAUGAGGACGGCGACAGCGUGUCAGACGGCGAUGACUCCGACAAAGCGUUCGCUUCGGACCUCGAUUCUGAUGAUGACAGCGAUCAGGUAAGUAAUUUAACUGUACAGGCUUGCCAUCGUGACGAGAGAAACUACCAAUACUUCUAUUAA